GAUUGCUCAACCCAUACAGUAAACGCACCACAUCUAUCAAAGUGUCAAACAAGACAGCCCACCUCAUCUUCCCAUUUUCUUUCUCUUUCUCUUUCUCUCUCUAUUCAUAUAUAUAUAUAUGACUAUUUGCGUAUAUUUUGAAUAAUGGAGGAUAUGGCCGCCAGAAGAACACCACAUUUGUUUGAUGCAUCUGCUUACUUGUUAUUCGAGGCGAGCGGCGAUUCUGAAGCCCCCGGCGCAUUGUUGGACUUGGAACCCGGUACUGGUGCCUCGGCGGAGGACGAUGCGCAGUCCUGCAGCUACGGAUCUCUAUCUGAUACUGAUGAGGAUGAUGAGGCUCAUGUGAAUGAGGUUGAUAUUGAUGUAAAUAUGGAUCUCCGCGGCGGCGACGAGGAGGAAGACGGAGGUAGCGAGGGAGAAGAGGAUGGUGUAGUAGAUCAAUGCCGCCGCAAGGAGAAGGCGCUGAAAUCCAAUGAUUCAAAUGCGAAGAUGAUGAAUGAGAGAGAAGGGGACAGGCUGUUCUGGGAGGCUUGUUUGGCAUCUUAGACAGAGGGUACAAUACCUAAUUUUGAGAAACAAAUUGCCAGGCAUAGGAGGAUGCUUUGAUGCUAAAAGGUUUACCCAAGUCAUGACAAACAUUGUCCACCUCCGAGAAGAAAAGGGCUCUUUCCCAUAAGAAGGGGUUCCAUGUGUUCAUCUACUGUUGUUCUAGUUACUAUAAUCCAGCUUCUUUCAAGUGUUGAUAAAUACUUUAAGAAAGUUGCCAAUCUUUAAAGGAAUUAUGUGUAAUUUUUUUAAUUUUAAUUUGCAUCUUGUGGUGUAUUAAUUGUCAUAUUAGUUAUAAAAUUUAUAGACAUAGUUUGUAUGUCCGAACAGAAAAUUUGAGGAAA